GUCAUUUUCUUCAUUUAAUAAUCAUUCAUCACCUUCAUUUCUUCAUCCUUUCUUCAUCCCCAUCCCCCAAGUCUCCCACUUUUCCAUAAAUAUUAGUCUACAGUUUCACAUCUUUGUAUAUCAAGAUAUCUCAAACCUAUUUCAUGGCUUUCUCGCUCAACAAGAUAGUCGUCUUUCCGUCUAGACUCGGGUACCAUCCGUUGUUACUGCAAACCAACUCAUCGAUAAAAUCCCUCUCAUCCGCACUAUUUUCAUCCCAACGAUCCUGCCCAUGUCCGCUAUCAUCAUCUUCGAGAUUGAUACGAUCCGUAAAGGUGACAACAGAUGAUCGUGCUCUUUCCUCCAUUAUUACAGCUUUAGAGAAGCAAGACAAUAUAUUAAAAGAAGACGAUCAAGAUGAAGAACAAGAACAAGAACAAGCCCAAGAACAACCCAGCUCGAGAUUAGCUGAAACAUGGCGUGAAAUCCAGGGUGAAGAUGAUUGGGCAGGUUUAUUAGAUCCGAUUGAUCCAAUUCUACGUACCCAACUUAUAAGAUACGGAGAUAUGGCACAAGCUUGUUACGAUGCAUUUGAUCAUGACCAGUUCUCUAAACACUGUGGAAGUUGUAAAUAUAUACCAAAAAAUUUCUUUCCUUCGCUGGGAAUGCAAGAUUUUGGCUAUGACGUAUCUCGAUAUCUUUAUGCAACUUCCCACAUUAAUCUUCCAAAUUUCUUCAAGAAAUCCAGAUGGUCUAAAGUAUGGAGUCGGAAUGCAAAUUGGAUAGGGUACGUAUCGGUAUCAAAUGAUGAAACGUCCAAAAUGUUAGGGCGCAGAGAUAUCACGGUAGCUUGGAGAGGUACGGUGACGCAUCUAGAAUGGGUUGCCGAUUUAAUGGAUUACUUGAAACCCGUAUCAGCCGAUAAGAUUCCAUGUUCCGAUCCAUCUGUUAAAGUCGAAUCAGGGUUUUUGGAUCUCUAUACGAAUAAGGAUGACGAAAGUUGUAGAUUCGGGAAAUAUUCAGCGAGGGAACAGAUUUUGACGGAAAUUCGACGGUUAAUACAUAAAUAUUCCGGUGAGGAACUGAGCAUAACAAUGACCGGUCAUAGUCUGGGUAGCGCUUUAGCGAUAUUGAGUGCCUAUGACAUAGCCGAAACGGGUAUAAAUGUGGCAGAUGACGGAAAGGCUGUACCUGUAUCCGUUUUCUCAUUCUCGGGUCCCCGUGUCGGAAACGCUAGGUUUAAGAACAGGUUGGAAGGCCUUGGAGUGAAAGUUUUGAGGGUUGUGAAUGUUCACGACACCGUGCCGAAAGUACCCGGUAUAUUUUUCAAUGAGCACGUGCCAGCUAUCGUGCAGAAGAUGUCGGGAGUUACUCCUUGGAGUUAUUCGCACGUGGGCAUCGAGUUGGCUCUUGACCAUAGGAACUCACCCUUUUUAAAGGACACAAAUGACCCUGGUAAUGCACACAAUCUGGAGGCCCAUUUGCAUCUACUCGAUGGGUACCAUGGAAAGGGGCAUAAAUUUGUACUAUCAAGUGGAAGAGAUCCGGCAUUGGUGAACAAGGCUUCUGAUUUCUUGAAGGAUCAUUACCUAGUUCCGCCCUUCUGGAGACAAGACGAGAAUAAAGGGAUGAUCAGAAAUCACGAUGGACGCUGGAUACAGCCUGAACGACCUAAACAUGAUGAUCAUCCACCAGACACUCAUCAUCACCUUAAACAGUUAGGGUUAAUUACUGAUGACGAUCAUUUCUAUCAUCGUCCAGCAUCAUGAAGAGUAAUAAAGAAGACUAAGUCGUCCCUGCUUUAUAACAAACUAUAUACAAGUCAGCUGAUAUAAGUUCUCAUGUGAAUUGAUAGUAAAACUCAUUCGUAUAGUUGGCCUAUGUAUUUGACUACCCACUGCGGCUUACUCUUAAUAAUCUGAAAAUGGCCAAGUCCGGCUUAGAAGGAGACUACUAAUGUACUGUUUCUGUGAUACUUAAAAAUUUAAGAACUUUACACAUUUCCACUCGCCUAACUUUUGAUGUAUCCAGAAUAGAUUCAUAUCAACAAGUCAGCUUUCCGAUAAUUUGGCUCAUCUAUGCAUGGUACCAACUUCCAAUUGUGUGAAU